AUGGGGCAGGAUGCAUUCAAAAACUUUGGCUUUCCGAAAAGGGCUGGUUAUUCCGUUUCGCACUGGCUACAAUCUGUACAGGAUGAUCCUCUUCUGAAUCAUCGAACAACACCAAAGUUGCCUCCGUCUGCAGACAUCGUAAUCAUCGGAUCCGGUAUUUCUGGGACCUUGAUUGCCCAAAGUGUCGCAGAAACGUGGCCUGAAAAGAAAUCGGUCGUUAUCGAGGCCCGUCAAUUCUGCUCUGGUGCUACUGGUCGAAAUGCUGGACACUGCAAGCCUGACCAGUGGCGAGGAUUCAUAGAGUAUGAGGAACGUUUUGGCACUCAGCAGGCCUUAAAGAUCCUGCAAAAUGAACAGCAAACGUGGUCCGAAGUGGUCCAAUACAUCGAGAAAAACAAUGUUGACUGCGAGCAUUGGACUGGUGACACACUUGAUGUUCCAAUUACGCCUGAGGAAGCAGAGAGCGCAAAAAAGACCUUUGAGCGGUACAAGGCAGCUGGUGGUAGAGUUGAUCAUAUUCAAGUUACACACGACCCGAAAAAGGCAGCAGAGAUAUCGCAAAUAAAGGACGCGCAAGCAUGUUAUGCGUGGCCGGCAUCAACCCUACACCCCUGGAAAUUUGCGGCGCAUGUUAUGCGUAGCAAUAUUCAAAGAGGCGUGAACCUCCAAACAAAUACCAGAGCAACCAAGGUCGUCCCUUCAAGGAGAAGUAAAACCAAAUGGAUUGUCAGAACCGAACGUGGCGAUAUUGAGUGCUCAGAGGUCGUCCAUGCAUCCAAUGCGUAUAGUUCUGCACUCGAACCGUCUCUGCGGGGUCUUAUCACGCCGUGUCCUCACAUGUGCAACAAGGUUAUUCCACCCAAGGCUGGUGAAGACUUUGCAGGCUUCAAGGGCUCUUAUGGUGUUUUGCUUCCUCAAAACGACCUGAUUACUAUCAAUCCGCGCCUUAAAGGUGACGGCGCAGUUCUUUUCGGUGGCAGCAACCCAGGUCAGGAUGAAUUUAUGCAGUGGUUAAAGGAAAACCCCCAUCGGUACACGGACGAUGGUCUCACUGGGUUUGAUUCGGUCACCAAGGCUAUCCAUAAAUUUGCAGUUGGAGAAUUGAAAGGAUGGUCAACCGAUGACAUGAAGCAAGAGGAGGCUUACCAACACGCGUGGAGUGGUAUCCUUGGACUUAGCGAAGACGGCGUGCCGUUCGUCGGGCAAUUACCUGGACUACCGGGCCAGUGGGUUUGUGCUGGGCAUCACGGACACUUCAACUCUGCUAACACUGUGGCCUGUGAGCUCAUCAGUGGCAUGGCGCGUAUCUUCACCAUAGCACCCGGCUUGGUCAAGUUGAUGGAUGGAGGUUCUUGGGCAGAUACGCAGCUGCCUGAUGUUUUCCAAAUGACUGUAGCAAGGACUGAACGGCUGAAAAAGCGGUUGAGGACAUUGUCUCCAGUUCGUGCUCGCAUCUGA